AUGUGGCGAUACGUGCGUUUGGAGAGGAAGCGGAUUGGGUGCAAGGGUUUCGGAGAACAAAACGGCAAAGACGGGAAAGAACCAACAUCAUCCUCAGGCCACCGCAAAGACGGGAAAGAACCAACAUCAUCCUCAGGCCAGGGCAAAGACGGGAAAGAACCAACAUCAUCCUCAGGCCACCGCAAAGAACCAACAUCAUCCUCAGGCCAGGGCAAAGACGGGAAAGAACCAACAUCAUCCUCAGGCCACGGCAAAGACGGGAAAGAACCAACAUCAUCCUCAGGCCACCGCAAAGACGGGAAAGAACCAACAUCAUCCUCAGGCCAGGGCAAAGACGGGAAAGAACCAACAUCAUCCUCAGGCCACGGCAAAGACGGGAAAGAACCAACAUCAUCCUCAGGCCAGGGCAAAGACGGGAAAGAACCAACAUCAUCCUCAGGCCACGGCAAAGACGGGAAAGAACCAACAUCAUCCUCAGGCCACCGCAAAGACGGGAAAGAACCAACAUCAUCCUCAGGCCACGGUAAAGACGGGAAAGAACCAACAUCAUCCUCAGGCCAUGGCAAAGACGGGAAAGAACCAACAUCCUCCUCAGGCCACGGCAAAGACGGGAAAGAACCAACAUCAUCUUCAGGCCACCGCAAAGAACCAACAUCAUCCUCAGGCCAGGGCAAAGACGGGAAAGAACCAACAUCAUCCUCAGGCCAGGGCAAAGACGGGAAAGAACCAACAUCAUCAUCAGGCCACCGCAAAGACGGGAAAGAACCAACAUCAUCCUCAGGCCACGGUAAAGACGGGAAAGAACCAACAUCAUCCUCAGGCCAGGGCAAAGACGGGAAAGAACCAACAUCCUCCUCAGGCCACGGCAAAGACGGGAAAGAACCAACAUCAUCCUCAGGCCAGGGCAAAGACGGGAAAGAACCAACAUCAUCCUCAGGCCACGGUAAAGACGGGAAAGAACCAACAUCAUCCUCCGGCCACCGCAAAGAACCAACAUCAUCCUCAGGCCACGGUAAAGACGGGAAAGAACCAACAUCAUCCUCAGGCCACGGUAAAGACGGGAAAGAACCAACAUCAUCCUCCGGCCACCGCAAAGAACCAACAUCAUCCUCAGGCCACGGUAAAGACGGGAAAGAACCAACAUCAUCCUCAGGCCACGGCAAAGACGGGAAAGAACCAACAUCAUCCUCAGGCCACUGCAAAGACGGGAAAGAACCAACAUCAUCCUCAGGCCACGGUAAAGACGGGAAAGAACCAACAUCAUCCUCAGGCCACGGUAAAGACGGGAAAGAACCAACAUCAUCCUCAGGCCAGGGCAAAGACGGGAAAGAACCAACAUCAUCCUCAGGCCACGGCAAAGACGGGAAAGAACCAACAUCAUCCUCCGGCCACCGCAAAGAACCAACAUCAUCCUCAGGCCAGGGCAAAGACGGGAAAGAACCAACAUCAUCCUCAGGCCACGGCAAAGACGGGAAAGAACCAACAUCAUCCUCAGGCCACCGCAAAGACGGGAAAGAACCAACAUCAUCCUCAGGCCACGGUAAAGACGGGAAAGAACCAACAUCAUCCUCAGGCCAUGGCAAAGACGGGAAAGAACCAACAUCCUCCUCAGGCCACGGCAAAGACGGGAAAGAACCAACAUCAUCUUCAGGCCACCGCAAAGAACCAACAUCAUCCUCAGGCCAGGGCAAAGACGGGAAAGAACCAACAUCAUCCUCAGGCCAGGGCAAAGACGGGAAAGAACCAACAUCAUCAUCAGGCCACCGCAAAGACGGGAAAGAACCAACAUCAUCCUCAGGCCACGGCAAAGACGGGAAAGAACCAACAUCAUCCUCCGGCCACCGCAAAGAACCAACAUCAUCCUCAGGCCAUGGUAAAGACGGGAAAGAACCAACAUCAUCCUCAGGCCAGGGCAAAGGCGGGAAAGAACCAACAUCCUCCUCAGGCCACGGCAAAGACGGGAAAGAACCAACAUCAUCCUCAGGCCAGGGCAAAGACGGGAAAGAACCAACAUCAUCCUCAGGCCACGGUAAAGACGGGAAAGAACCAACAUCAUCCUCCGGCCACCGCAAAGAACCAACAUCAUCCUCAGGCCACGGUAAAGACGGGAAAGAACCAACAUCAUCCUCAGGCCACGGUAAAGACGGGAAAGAACCAACAUCAUCCUCCGGCCACCGCAAAGAACCAACAUCAUCCUCAGCCCACGGUAAAGACGGGAAAGAACCAACAUCAUCCUCAGGCCACGGUAAAGACGGGAAAGAACCAACAUCAUCCUCAGGCCAGGGCAAAGACUGGAAAGAACCAACAUCAUCCUCAGGCCACGGCAAAGACGGGAAAGAACCAACAUCAUCCUCCGGCCACCGCAAAGAACCAACAUCAUCCUCAGGCCACGGUAAAGACGGGAAAGAACCAACAUCAUCCUCAGGCCACGGUAAAGACGGGAAAGAACCAACAUCAUCCUCCGGCCACCGCAAAGAACCAACAUCAUCCUCAGGCCACGGUAAAGACGGGAAAGAACCAACAUCAUCCUCAGGCCACGGCAAAGACGGGAAAGAACCAACAUCAUCCUCAGGCCACGGUAAAGACGGGAAAGAACCAACAUCAUCCUCCGGCCACCGCAAAGAACCAACAUCAUCCUCAGGCCACGGUAAAGACGGGAAAGAACCAACAUCAUCCUCAGGCCACGGUAAAGACGGGAAAGAACCAACAUCAUCCUCAGGCCAGGGCAAAGACGGGAAAGAACCAACAUCAUCCUCAGGCCACGGCAAAGACGGGAAAGAACCAACAUCAUCCUCAGGCCAGGGCAAAGGCGGGAAAGAACCAACAUCCUCCUCAGGCCACGGCAAAGACGGGAAAGAACCAACAUCAUCCUCAGGCCAGGGCAAAGACGGGAAAGAACCAACAUCAUCCUCAGGCCACGGUAAAGACGGGAAAGAACCAACAUCAUCCUCCGGCCACCGCAAAGAACCAACAUCAUCCUCAGGCCACGGUAAAGACGGGAAAGAACCAACAUCAUCCUCAGGCCACGGUAAAGACGGGAAAGAACCAACAUCAUCCUCAGGCCAGGGCAAAGACGGGAAAGAACCAACAUCAUCCUCAGGCCACGGCAAAGACGGGAAAGAACCAACAUCAUCCUCCGGCCACCGCAAAGAACCAACAUCAUCCUCAGGCCAUGGUAAAGACGGGAAAGAACCAACAUCAUCCUCAGGCCACGGUAAAGACGGGAAAGAACCAACAUCAUCCUCCGGGCCACCGCAAAGAACCAACAUCAUCCUCAGGCCACGCCCUGUGGGGGUCACGGGGGGGUCGUACAGCUGUGGGCGGGGCGGGGGGACACCCACGUGCGCGACCCGCAGCGUGCACGCGCCCAAGGGCAAACAUGAGGCGCGCAGCCGCGUGUUCGCGGAUCUGAGCCGGGACGAGUACGCGCAGGUCCAGGACUACAUGCUGCGGCAGAAGGAACUCAACAUCUCCACGCGCCAGAGCACGAGACCUGACGAUAACUUUCUGUUUUUGAUAGAUCUGCGCCCCUCUCUGCACGGAUGGGAGAGCAGUGAGAGGACUGUCAGGACUAUCAGCCCUGUGGGGGUCACGGGGGGGUCGUACAGCUGUGGGCGGGGCGGGGGUCGCACCUCGCGCCUCUGGCUCCGUGCGUCAGUGUGUUGCUGCAGACUUAAGAUGAACUCUCUACUGAAGUGGGCCGUGGGGCUCCUGGUGCUCUUCUCCGUGCUCCUGAACCUCGCUCUGAUCGUGGGAUACUCCCGCAGGACACCCACGUGCGCGACCCGCAGCGUGCACGCGCCCAAGGGCAAACAUGAGGCGCGCAGCCGCGUGUUCGCGGACCUGAGCCGGGACGAGUACGCGCAGGUCCAGGACUACAUGCUGCGGCAGAAGGAGCUCAACAUCUCCACGCGCCAGAGCACGAGACCUGACGAGAACUUUCUGUUUUUGAUAGAUCUGCGCGUGCCCGCGAAGUCUGAGGUCUUAGCGCACCUUGACGCGCACGGCCCUGCUCCGCGCAGAGAGGCCACAGUGGUGGUGUUCCACGGCUCCACAGGCUUCAUUAAAGAGUAUGUGGUGGGACCCCUGCCCAAGCCCUCCGACCACCGCGACGUGACGGCCCAAGACUACAAGGCAGAGCUGCCGCUCAGCGCGCGCCCCGUCACCAUUGGAGAGUAUAUCCUCAUCUUCAAGCUCCUGGAGCAGAGGGUCUUCUUGCCUCUGGCCAAAGUCCUCCAUGAGAGUUUCGGCGCAGAUCACAAACAUCGGCUCAAUGCGUUUGAACAGAUGCCGCGCGGAGUGCGCUCCGGAGAGCGCAAGACCUGGAUCUCGUUCUUCCGUGACCAGAGCGGGAUGUACAUCCAGCCCGCGGGCUUCGAGGUGCUGCUGAACCACCUGAGCACUGACCCCUCCCAGUGGAGCGUGGAGCGCCUCCUGUACAACGGCCAGUACUUCGAGUCCGUGAACGCGCUGCUGGACGCGUACCGCGCGGGCUCCGUACAGAAGUUGUCUGCGUCUCCGUGGGAGGACUACGGCUCCCUGAAGCCCCGCAGCAGACCCCUGCAGGUGGGCCCGCAGCUCGUGAGCCCCGAGGGCCCGCGCUACAGUGUCAGUCACAACCAUGUGCUGUACAUGGACUGGAGCUUCGCCUUUGGCCUGAGCUCGCUCACGGGCAUGCGCGUGUUCGACGUGCGCUUCAAAGACGAGCGCGUGCUGUACGAGCUGAGCGUGCAGGAGGCCAUGUCCGUGUACGGCUCCGUGACCCCGGGGAUGGGCAUGACUAAGUUCCUGGACUCCAGCAUCGGCAUCGGCCGCUUCGCACACGAGCUGGUGCGCGGCGUGGACUGUCCGUACGAGGCCACGUACGUGGACACGUACAGGUACAUAGACGUGGCAGAGGCGGGUCGCUACCGGAACUCCAUCUGCGUCUUUGAGCUGUCUCUGGGCCAGCCGCUGCGCAGACACUUCGCAGACUUCUUCAGCCACAGUUACGGCGGGAUGGUGAACAGCGCCUUGGUCUUCAGGACCAUCACUGCCAUCGGGAACUACGACUACAUGUGGGACUUCAUCUUCUACCAGAGUGGGGCCGUGGAGGCCAAGGUGCACGCCACAGGAUACAUCUCCUCCUCCUUCCUCGUGGCCGGAAGUCUCAAACACGGACACCAGGUGGCGCACAACGUGCUGGGCAACAUUCACACGCACUUCAUCAACUUCAAGGUCGAUUUGGAUGUGGCAGGACCUAUCACGACCCAUCAGGACCUAUCACGACCCAUCACGACCCAUCACGACCCAUCACAACCCAUCACGACCCAUCACGACCCAUCACAACCCAUCACGACCCAUCACGACCCAUCACGACCCAUCACGACCCAUCACAACCCAUCAGGACCUACCACGACCCAUCAGGACCUAUCACGACCCAUCAGGACCUAUCACGACCCAUCAGGACCCAUCUGGACCUAUCACGACCCAUCACAACCCAUCAGGACCUAUCACGACCCAUCAGGACCCAUCACAACCCAUCAGGACCUAUCACAACCCAUCAGGACCUAUCACGACCCAUCAGGACCUAUCACGACCCAUCAGGACCUACCACGACCCAUCACAACCCAUCUGGACCUAUCACGACCCAUCAGGACCUAUCACGACCCAUCAGGACCUAUCACGACCCAUCAGGACCUAUCACGACCCAUCAGGACCUAUCACGACCCAUCAGGACCCAUCACAACCCAUCUGGACCUAUCACGACCCAUCAGGACCCAUCACGACCCAUCACAACCCAUCAGGACCAAUCACGACCCAUCAGGACCUAUCACAACCCAUCUGGACCUAUCACGACCUAUCUGGACGUAUCACAGCCCAUCAGGACCUAUCACAACCCAUCAGGACCAAUCACGACCCAUCUGGACCUAUCACGACCCAUGA